AUGAUUCUACGUAAGUUGGCUACUAUAAUUUGCUUAUUGCUUCCCUUUAUAUGGGCUGAUGAAGUUCUAAUUAGUAAUUACACCAACCUAGUUUGUCGUGGAAUGUAUAGCAAAGAUGAUUGGGGCGGAAAGACGGAUCCACAUAUUUCCUUCAAUAUUAAAUCAAUAGAUAAGGACCAGGCUGGCGUAGCAGUCGCUAUUAUAGAAUGGAGAGAUUUUGAAUUCUUAGGUGUCGAGAAAGAUCAUGUUAACUAUUUGUACUGUAAUGAUCGAGCAAUUAGUAAAGGGGUUUGUGAAGAAAGUGAAAAGGAUCACCUGAUACUGCGGAAUCAGAUAUAUGAUCCUGAGAAGGGUGAGAAUGUGACAUCUAGAAACCAAUUGAUGGAGUUUGUGAUGACUGAUGUCGGUAAAUAUGAGAAACCGUACCCAGUGAAGAAUACAGGCUACUACUGUGUUUAUGCACAUAUCCCUAACGGUAACUUCAAAGGUUUUGUGGAAUUUAGAAACGCAUUUGGUCAUCUACCUGCGGCUGAGAUCAACUUGCUUCCUCUAUAUGGGUUAUUGUCUAUUGCGUAUGUGGUUGCUAUGGCUUUGUAUUCGUUUACGGUGUGGAAGAACAAACACGAACUCUUGUUGCUUCAAAAGUACCUUCUCGCGUUUUUCAUCUUCUUAUCGAUUGAUACCAUCUUUAUUUGGUCCUACUACGAUAUUAAGAAUGAGAAGGGCCAGACUCCAGGUACGAAUGCGCUAAUGGUUUUCAUUUCGAUUUUGAGCGCUGCUAAGCUUUCUUUCUCAUUCUUCUUGUUGCUGGUGGUCGGGUUGGGCUAUGGUAUUGUAUACCCUAAACUCAACCGUAAGCUGAUGAGGCGUAUCCAGUAUUUCACUGUCCUCAACUUCGUCGUCUCGGCCGCAUUCCUUAUCCAGGCUUACAUGACCGACCCUGAAUCAACCUCCAUGCUCCCACUCAUAACAAUAAUACCAGCUAUAGCGUCUGUUAUGGGCUUCUACUUCAUGAUUUUAAGAUCAUUGAGCCAUACCCUUCAAUACUUACAGGAGCAAAGGCAGGUUGUAAAGUUGAAAAUGUACAAGGAGUUCCUCGCUGUGAUCUACAUAUCUCUCGCAGUUAUAAUGGCUGGAAUAGCAAUUACCACAUUUAUGAUGCUAAGUAUGUCUACAGAUGAAAUGGUCGAACAAUACUGGAAAACGCGCUUCAUAAUGGACAUCUGGCCUUCAAUAGUGUAUUACUGUGUCUUUGUAACGCUAGCUUUCCUAUGGAGACCUACGGAGACUUCAUAUAUGUUAGCUUGCUCCCAGCAAUUACCUACAGAUCCUGAAAAUGCAACUGAAUUUGACCUUGACGAUUUACAUACUCUAGGGGAUGAAACUUACAAUGCGCAAGAUCACGAUGAUGAUUUGAACUUUUCUGACGAUGAGCAUAAUCGCAGAGCGGAAUAUACUCCUACUACCUCAAAAUAG